AUGGCCAACGCCUUAGGAAUUGAAGAAAUAAUGCGAGGAAAUUUAAGUUGCGAUUCUGGAGAAUUAAACAUUGUUCAGUAUUUUAAAAUCGGUGUUCAGUUGUCGUAUGUUUUGCCAUUUGGAAUGUUGUAUCUUCCAUUUUUAAUUGCAAUCAGUAAAAGAAAGAAGGAAAGGAAGCUUUAUGAAGAUUCAUUCUUUACUUUGUAUUUGGCAGAUGGAGUUAUUACUCUUUACUUCCUUGUUGGAGACACAAUUGUUUUCCGGUUUACUUCAUACGUUCGUCCAGUAUGCGAAUUUUUUAUUCCAUUUCUGAAAGAGCCUUCUUUUGUCUUGACACCGUUCUACACGUCUUAUAUGUAUGCACAACUGGCAAAAAUGUUGUCGACUUUGGCGAUGAGUGUGAACAGAUAUACUUCCAUCAAUUAUCCUUUCAAACAUAAACAGAUUUGGGCCAUGUAUUGCAAGAAAGUUAUUAUUGCAACAUUCAUAAUUCCAUUACUCGGAGUUUGGCCUGUUGCAGUAGGGCACACCAGUUAUCUGCCAUUUUAUGGAAACACAUUCAUAGCCUACGAGCAUCGAAUUCCAUGGGCUCGAACAUCUUACGGACGACUUGCUAUCGCAUUGCCUACAUUAUUUUUCACUAUUUAUUCAAGUGUUUUGACUUCAGCAAAAUUAAGAAAACUAGGAAAACAUAUGAGAAAAGUUGAAUAUUCGAUGAAUAUUGCCACAAUUUUCAACACGUUAGGAUUCAUAUUGGUGGUUAUUCUAAAUUUUUGUUAUGUUGGAAUAAGUGCGCAAGCUCUUACUACAAAAUUGGGAAACACACUGGCUAUGGGAGGUACUCAAUUGAGCAACGACUUUUAUAUGAUGGGAGGCCCAGUUGUGCUUCUUAUACUCGACAAACGCAUGCGAUCUUCAAUAUGGUGCUUCAAGAAAAAACCAAAAAAUGCUAAAACUAGCACAAUUGUUUCAACUCAUCAAACUGAGCCACACGGGGGAACAUUGGCUUCCUGA